GUACAUAGGUACCUAGGUACACACAUGCAUCCCAUGCAUCCACUAAUACGACGCUAAUGCAUGCAUAUGUACCUUAGGUACAGUAAAACUACCCGCUGUCCCCGCUGUAUACUAUGGUCUCAAGGGUAAGUAAAACCACAGCCAUAAGUCGCGCACUAAAAGGUGGCCAAUGCGGUACUAGAAAUGCUAAAAAGCUGAUACCAAUUCUGGAUGAUAGCCACAUCUAACCCUUUUCGGUGGUACUUUUGGGGGUGGUUUUACUUUGGCCUGGUACCAUAGUAAUAGAAGUUGACCCCUCCUACCCUGCUACCCCUCCAAGACAAAAGAAAAGAAAAUACAUAACGGUUAACUAAAAUAAAAAUUUCAUACUUGAACUCUUGCUCAGAUAAUCUACAAGUUCCCCCCUCCCCCCCUUUUCUUCUCGCCAUGUCAUCUGAACUAAGUGCGCCUCCCAUCCUUUCGACACCGGCAGAACAUACAUUUAUCCAAGAUCCGACACCGUCUUCUGCGAUCUCUCAAGCGAAGCGCCCUCAUAGACCUGACCAUGAACUGUACGAAGUUUACGAGAUCGCCCGGACGGCCGUCGAUAUUCAACAGAAUGGCUGGAAACGAAUCGCCCUUCAGUUCCCUGAUGCUAUGUUACCGGAUGCGCCUUGGGUUGUCAGCGCGUUAAGCGUAGAAUUAGGAAAAGGUCAAACCGAGGUACAAGAUCAGAGCCAGCGUUUAUAUAUCUUGGCGGAUACGUCGUAUAGUGCCUGUUGCGUCGAUGAGAUCGCAGCGGAACAUGCGAAUGCUGAUGGAGUGGUACAUUAUGGUCGCGCAUGCCUAAGUCCAACUUCAAGGCUACCCGUAAUACACAUAUUCACGAAGCAGACGCUAAACUACGACGACAUAACUGAGGCGUUCGAGAAAGAGUUCCCGGAGAAGGCCGAUAAGGUAGUGCUAAUGGCCGAUGUCAUGUUUCAAGAGCAUAUUGGUCCUAUAAGUAAUCUCUUAAAGGAAAGGGGGUAUUCCAGCCUCAUCGCGACAGAAAUAUUGCGAGAUCCGACCGGAGCAAUACCAAAUCGCAAACUUAUAACCCCGGAUACAUCUAUUAAUUUGAACGAGUACCAUCUAUUUCAUAUUUCAACCCCUCCUACCUCCCUCCUCUUAACUCUAUCCUCUCGCCUCGCCUCUUUAAGGAUAUAUUCUACACCCUCAUCACCUUAUACUACGACAUCUGCACCUCCCGACCCCAGCGCCACUCCUGGUUUACUCCGCCGCCGUUACGCUUUAGUCAUCCGAUUUGCCACGGCAUCCAUCAUUGGAAUUCUAGUCAACACGCUCUCCGUAAAGAACUAUAUGUCUACCAUUUCUACGCUCAAAAGUCAAAUUGCGGCCGCCGGCAAGAAGAGCUAUACCAUUGUCGUCGGAAAGCUGAACGCCGCAAAGCUGGCUAAUUUCGCCGAGGUAGACGGCUGGGUUGUCGUUGGUUGUUGGGAGAGCGGGUUAGUCGAGCAAGAAGGCCUUUGGAAGCCCGUUAUCACACCCUUCGAGCUUGGUCUUGCGCUACAGGGCGACGAAAGCAGGGUUUGGACAGGCGAGUGGUGGGGUGGCAUCGAAGGUGUCAGAUCUUCCCCGGUUACCGACGGGAACGACGAGAAGUUGCCCAUACAAGAAGAUGUGGCCAAGUCAGUCCCUGAAGAAGUUGAAGGAGGCGUCGACGACGAAGAGUCAGAACCUCCCGAGUUCGAUCUCCGUACUGGUAAACUUGUUAGCCAUGGCCGGCCUAUGAGGGUUGCUAUCCGAAGCGCACCACGAAGCGGGCCUGAAAUUGAGGUCGCCGGUCUAAGCUCUAACCAGGGAACUACGAGCUCGGCAAUCAUCAAGCGAGCGGUCGGUGAUGUAGCCUUAGUAAACGGCGUUGCGAGCCCAGGAGCAGAAUUCUUAAGGUCGCAGAGAACCUGGCAGGGUUUAGGUACGGACUUCAAUAUUGAGAACGAUGACGAGGAGGAGAGCACCGUCAUUGAGGAGGGACGGAGCGGAGUCGCAAGGGGAUAUACUGUGGGCCAGGACCAGUUACGGGCGUGAAAUGACUUACUUUGCUAAUGGUAAGUGAGGCCACAGCGAUAACAAAUGAUAUUUCGGUUCCUCUGUGAGAAUAAAGCAACGUCCUGGGACAGCGAGUUCUCAUAAUAGUAUAAGGACCGGCA